CUUUCUUGAUCGCGGGUUGAGAUGAAGCGCGGGAGCUUAGCCAGCCCGUCCUGCUCAGGAGGCGGGCAGCAGAAAACUGAGGUAGAAGUUGAAUUUGUUAAGGUCAAAAAGAGAGCUUUGGAGAGGUUGACAACUGAAGUAAUGCAGUUGCAUGACAUUCUACCCAAGAUAUUGAAUAGUGAUAUCUUAGAAAGCUUUCAAAAACUGGAUGCCCUUGAAACAAUUGUAGAAAAGAAAGGUAAUGAACUAGAACAAUUGAGAAUGGAUUGUGAACACUAUAAAGCUCGCUUGGAAGCAGCCCAGGCAGACUGUGUGAGAGAAAGAAAGGAAAAAUUAAAUAUUCGUCAGCAGCUGACCGAUGCAAAGCAACAAUUAUUACAACAAGCUGAAUAUUGUACAGAAAUGGGUGCUGCAGUAUGCACAUUACUAUGGAGUGUUUCUAAUAAUGAAGAAGCAGUUAAAAAUAUUCUAGGAAGUGCUCAAGCUGUAAAGUUUUUUAAUAUUGCUGGACAAACAAUGGAGAGUUUUGUCCACUCGUUAAAUGAAGAUAGCAAACAUCAGGAUAUGGAUUCUGAUGAAAGUCAGUUUGUGUUAGGUUUGGCUGGAAUUGUUACAAAUAUUGCUGCUUUAGCAAUUGGUCGUGAAUUCCUUGUUGGUUCAAAUCAGGUACUGCUGGAUACAAUGAUUCAACUGCUGAGAGAUAUGAAGCCAGGAUGUUGCACCAAACUUAAAGUGCUGAUGCUGAUGUCCUUAUAUAAUAUUAGUAUCAACAUGAAAGGUGUGAAGUACAUCAGUGAAAAUGCAGGAUUCUUCCCAUUAAUCUGGUUGCUCCUGAAUGAUCCAGAUCCAGAAGUAUGUUUUCAUGUAUUACGACUUCUCCAAUCCAUGAUUAUGGAGCCAGAGAUAUUAACUAAGUCAGCUCUCGAAAUACGUGACUCCCUACCACUUCCACGUAUCCUUUUGCUAUCAAAGAGCUGUAAUAAAGAUCUACAAAUUCUGGCCCAAGAACUGCUUGAAGACCUCAGAGUAUUAGAAGGUGAAAUGUAAGACUCUUUCCGAGGAUAUCAUUAAUUUUUUUCAAGCAUACUUUUAAGUUCUGAAAUAAUUUGUAAAAUAUUAUACCUGCUUUCUAAUACAUUUAGUUAUUGUAAUUAAAUAAUUUAUAUGCUUGGCAUUCCUGCACAGGAAUACUAGCCAUAAAUAGCAUCUCAGAAUUUAUAGGCUUGUGAUGUAUACUGAGUUUAAUAUCUGCAAUAUUUGUAAGGAGUGGUUGGACUUACUAAUAACCCUCCCUUAAUUAGAAGCUUACCUGAUAGCUAAGGGAUAUAGUUCAGAAUUUAUAUUUUUCAUAUCAUAACUUGUUAAGGUAAAAUCAAGUACCUUUCGUCUAUUUUAUUCUUCAUUUGACUUCCUCUUAUUUUAGUAAUAGUGAGAAUAGUCUUUAAAAUUUGAGUUUUAACAUAAAAAAUGACCUUAGCUUAAAAAUCUAGUACAGGAUGGCGAGACUUCAUUUUUAUGUAAAUAUUUAUAACAAAACUAUUCAAGUUAAAUUAGCAGCAGAAUUGUCUGGGUGAAAGGUUGCUGGGCAGAACACUCUGUUCCCCCCUGGUUUCCCCACACUAUAUAAGUUUACUGAAUUGGAAAGGGACAAAAGAAGAACAUUGCCAUUAGAAAAGCCUCCUCCUUUCCUGGUUCUCUCCUGAGUCCUAGGAUUUUUAGAAGGAUUAGCUAUGGAGUAGCAUAAGUUGUAAAGCUUUUUUCCAUUGCUGACUGUAGACUUUCAUUUCAUUCUGUGCCUUCCAAAGUUGAACCUACCAGCAUAGUGGGUGACUCCUGCACAUUGCCUCUUAUAUUAUUUUAGAGACAGGAAGAGAAUAUAAGUGGAGACAGCCACAGCUCAUUUUGCCCUAGAACCUCAUCCAUAGUGGUCUAGGCACAAGCAUUCUCUUUGAUUAUUAGUCUGGCUGAUUCAAUUUGGUACUAUCAUACUUCUUGCUCUUCAGUGCUUCUGUGCCACAUUCUUCCUAUUUCCAGGGUCAGUCAGGGAAACUGACUUUUAAUCGUGUAUCUAUGAUUUUGUAUAGUGCUAGCUAAUUUUAAAAGAGACACUAGCAUCCUCUUUUGGGCUUUAAGUGACUAGGACAGGGGUCUCCAAACCUGGCAACUUUAAGACUCAUGGACUUCAACUCCCAGAAUUCUGGGAAUUGAAGUCCUCAACUCUUAAAGUUGCCAAGCUUGAAGACCCCUGGACUAGGACAAUGAACAAUUUGCUAGGCCUGGUUGUUAGUAUGGUAAUAAUACAUGGACAUACAAAUAUAUUAGUAACAAUUUUUCAAUGGUUACUUAUUAAGAAUAUAAGAGUUUCUGACUGUACCUUGCUAAAAUGAAAAAGAAUCACUUAUUUUGUCUCCUUAAGAUUAAGAUAGUCUUUCAUGUUUUUAAAUUGUCUAAAAUGUUGCAGUGUAACUUUCUAUAAGAAAAAUUUCAAUCUGAAAUGGGGGUAUUUUUAUUGAUAAGUUUCCAUGUCUUCUCAUAAUUGUCUUUGAACUGAGAAUACCCAUGUUCUGAAGUUAUAAGCUAUUUAUAUUAGAAUGAUGUAAAAGUAUUGCCCUCUUUUAUUUUAAUAAUUUAGAUAUUCAAAACAUGCCAAUAUUGUAUAAUGGCUGAACAUUAAAAAGCUGAAAACUGGAAAUGUUGUUGGAAAUGAAAUAAAUAACUUGGGUAACUAGUUCUGCACAUCUCUGGGUUCUCUUUUGAGCAAAGGCCCACUUUUAUUGUGAUUAGAAAAGAUGGAUUUUUAUAUUUCUGCUUUAUGUUUUUUUCCCUUGACUUGUUACAUUUAAGAAAUAUAACUGAAGAGACAUGUCCUAAGAAUUUAACUUAUUUACAAAAGUUCUACUUUGGGCUUUAAUUGUUCGUUUUUAUGAAUUCCAAUUUUAUGAAUUCAAAUGACUUUACACUAGACAAAUAAGCUCACAUAAAACUACAUCCUCCAUGUCUUUUGGCUUACUAAAAUAUUACAAUGAUGAUUCUAUGUUGAUAAAGAUUGUGUUAUAAUUUGAAAUGAGCAAUACUGUAGUGACUGGAUGGUCAAGAUAUA